GAGAAGUUGCUAUGUAGAGCGAGGAGGCAAAGACCAUGUAAGAGUCCAGCUGAGGAGAGAGAAAGUCCAAGAGAAAGAGAAAGAUAAGAGAGAGAGAGAGAGAGGGAGCUUUCACCUAAACUUUGUUCUUCUGGUCCGUUUGUUCCGUUCAGUAUUCGGACCCUUCUUCUCCAUGUGUUGCCGAUUGCUGGGUUUCAAAGAUCUAGUCUACUAGUGCUCAUUUUAGUGCGUAUCUAAUCGAGGGCGAGCCAGUGACGAUGUCGUCUCUCAGCAGAGAACUGGUGUUCUUGAUCUUGCAGUUUUUGGAUGAGGAAAAGUUCAAAGAGACUGUUCACAAGCUUGAGCAGGAGUCUGGAUUUUUCUUUAACAUGAAAUAUUUUGAGGAUGAAGUGCAUAAUGGCAAUUGGGAUGAGGUUGAAAAAUACCUCUCUGGUUUCACCAAAGUAGAUGAUAAUCGGUACUCCAUGAAGAUAUUUUUCGAGAUAAGAAAGCAAAAAUACCUUGAGGCAUUAGAUAAGCAUGAUCGGUCCAAGGCUGUAGAAAUAUUAGUGAAGGAUUUGAAAGUCUUUGCCACAUUCAAUGAAGAUCUAUUUAAGGAAAUCACACAGCUUUUGACACUGGAGAAUUUUAGGGAAAAUGAACAAUUGUCAAAGUAUGGUGACACAAAAUCUGCAAGAGCAAUCAUGUUAGUUGAGCUCAAAAAGCUGAUUGAAGCAAAUCCCCUAUUCCGGGACAAAUUGCAAUUUCCCAACCUUAAAAACUCAAGGUUACGAACUCUCAUCAAUCAGAGCUUGAAUUGGCAGCACCAACUUUGUAAGAAUCCACGUCCAAAUCCAGAUAUAAAAACUCUUUUUGUGGAUCACUCAUGUGGACAGCCAAAUGGUGCACGAGCUCCAUCACCUGCUAAUAAUCCGUUAAUUGGAGCCUUACCAAAAGCUGGCGGGUUUCCUCCUCUCGGUGCUCAUGGGCCUUUUCAACCUACACCGGCACCUGCGCCAACACCUCUAGCAGGUUGGAUGUCCAAUCCAACCACCGUGGCACAUGCUGCAGUUUCUGGGGGAGGAGCUAUAGGUCUUGGUGCUCCAUCAAUUCCUGCUGCUUUGAAACACCCUAGGACUCCUCCAACGAACCCUUCUGCUGACUACCCAUCUGGAGAUUCUGAUCAUGUUUCUAAGAGGACAAGGCCCAUGGGGAUUUCAGAUGAAGUGAAUCUUCCUGUUAAUGUGUUGCCAGCAGCAUUCCCAGGUCAUGGACAUGGUCAGGCUUUCAUUGCUCCUGAUGACAUACCAAAGACUGUGACAAGAACACUCAAUCAGGGUUCAUCUCCGAUGAGCAUGGACUUUCAUCCAGUACAACAGACCCUGCUUCUUGUUGGUACCAAUGUGGGGGACAUAUCAUUGUGGGAAGUAGGUUCACGUGAGCGACUGGUGUUGAGGAAUUUCAAAGUUUGGGAUCUUAGUGCCUGUUCAAUGCCGCUGCAGGCUGCUCUUGUUAAAGAUCCAGGUGUUUCUGUCAACCGUGUGAUCUGGAGUCCUGAUGGUGCCUUGUUUGGAGUUGCAUACUCGAGGCACAUUGUUCAAAUAUACUCUUACCAUGGUGGGGAAGAUGUGCGACAGCACCUGGAGAUUGAUGCUCAUGUUGGUGGAGUAAAUGAUCUGGCAUUUUCCCACCCUAAUAAGCAACUCUGUGUCAUAACAUGUGGUGAUGAUAAAACCAUUAAGGUGUGGGAUGCUGCCACGGGUGCAAAACAGUAUACUUUUGAAGGUCACGAGGCUCCAGUUUAUAGUGUCUGCCCUCAUUAUAAAGAAAACAUUCAGUUCAUAUUUUCAACAGCAUUAGAUGGAAAGAUAAAAGCUUGGCUGUAUGACAAUUUGGGAUCUCGUGUUGAUUAUGAUGCUCCUGGUCGUUGGUGCACAACAAUGGCUUACAGUGCUGAUGGUACAAGACUCUUUUCAUGUGGGACAAGCAAAGAUGGGGAGUCCUCUAUUGUUGAGUGGAAUGAAAGUGAAGGAGCAGUCAAAAGGACGUAUCUAGGAUUCCGCAAGCGAUCUUUGGGUGUUGUGCAAUUUGAUACAACAAAAAAUCGAUAUUUGGCUGCUGGUGAUGAGUUCUCCAUUAAAUUCUGGGACAUGGACAAUGUUCAACCUUUGAUGACUAUUGAUGCUGAUGGAGGUCUUCCUGCAAGCCCACGGAUUCGUUUCAACAAGGAUGGAACUCUAUUGGCUGUUUCGGCAAAUGAAAAUGGGAUUAAAAUUUUAUCAAAUGCAGAUGGUAGUCGAUUGUUGCGUGCAUUUGAGAAUUCUUUAUAUGACACAUCUAGAACAUCUGAAGCCAUGGCAAAGCCUACAAUAAAUCCAAUUUCAGCUGCUGCUGCAAGUAGUGCUGCACUUGCAGAGAGAGGCUCAUCUGUGGUAGCUAUUCCUGGAAUGAACGGCGAUUCUCGAAACUUGGGUGAUGUCAAACCUAGAAUAACUGAAGAGUCCAAUGACAAGUCAAAGAUAUGGAAGCUUACUGAAAUCAAUGAACCAUCUCAGUGUAGAUCCUUGAAACUACCUGAGAAUGUAAGAGUGACAAAGAUAUCUAGGUUGAUAUAUACAAAUUCAGGUAAUGCUGUAUUGGCAUUAUCAUCAAAUGCCAUUCAUUUGCUGUGGAAAUGGCAGCGGAGUGAGCGAAAUUCUUCUGGCAAGGCCACUGCUAGUGUGUCACCCCAGUUGUGGCAACCAUCAAGUGGCAUCCUGAUGACCAAUGACAUUGCUGACAGCAAUCCUGAGGAUGCUGUGCCCUGCUUUGCUCUCUCCAAAAAUGAUUCUUAUGUAAUGUCUGCGUCUGGAGGGAAGAUUUCCUUGUUCAAUAUGAUGACUUUUAAGACAAUGACAACUUUCAUGCCUCCACCACCUGCAGCCACGUUUCUUGCUUUCCAUCCCCAGGAUAACAAUAUUAUAGCUAUUGGCAUGGAUGAUUCCACCAUUCAGAUAUAUAAUGUCCGUGUGGAUGAGGUUAAAAGUAAACUGAAAGGUCAUACUAAAAGAAUAACAGGUCUUGCUUUCUCUCAUGGAUUCAAUGUGCUAGUAUCAUCUGGAGCAGAUGCCCAGCUUUGUGUGUGGAAUACUGAUGGAUGGGAAAAGCAGAAGACCAGACCUUUGCAGCUUCCCGCUGGGAGAGCCCAAACAGCAACGGCAGACACUCGUGUACAGUUUCAUCCGGAUCAGAUGCAAUUCUUAGUUGUACAUGAAACUCAACUUGCAAUUUAUGAAACAUCAAAACUAGAACGUCUGAAGCAGUGGUUGCCCCGAGAUUCUGCUGCUCCAAUAUCACACGCAACUUUCUCAUGUGACAGCCAACUGAUAUAUGCCAGCUUUUUGGAUGCGACAGUCUCUGUAUUUAGUGCUUCAAACCUUGGGUUACGUUGUCGUAUCAAUCCUUCUGCUUAUCUUCCUUCAAGUGUGAGUGUACAGCCACUUGUGAUCGCAGCACAUCCACAAGAACCAACUCAGUUUGCGGUUGGACUCUCAGAUGGUGGAGUUCAUGUCUUCGAACCGCUUGAGUCUGAAGGCAAGUGGGGUGUGCCUCCGCCCGUUGAGAAUGGGUCAGCAAGCAGCGUGGCAGCUACUUCAGUUGGCACUUCCUUGGAUCAAGCCCAGAGAUGAUCCUAAUCAGCCAAAGACAAGUUUCUUUUACAUACUUGGCUUGCUGGCCCUUCCACAAAUUUGUUUGUGAUUCAUGACUUAAAAACUUACUGAAGAAUGACGCUCAAGAGAUGUAGAUUUGACAAGUUGGUUCAGGAUCUGUGUAAGUUAUUUGCCUUAGGAACUUGUAUAAGUUUUCUCAUGCGCAAAGGAGAAUUCUAGAAAUAUCUUUGAUCUUUUUACCCCGUUUUGCAAUCUUUAGAAUGUUGAUUACUUAUGUUAUUUAAUAUUUAUUUACCUCUUCCUAUGUGAUUUUGAACUUUGUCAAAGCCUCAAGCCGUUGACCCAUGUUGAAUAUAUUAAAAAAAAAGUUAUCUUCCUUUUA